GCGUCAUUUAAUUUUUUCGACUUGUUGUGCCAAUUUGUUCGGACGGCGAAGGAUUCAGCCAUGCAAACUGCUCAGCCGGUUCUGAGCUUGAGACCCGGCGGCGGCGGCGGAAGUAGUUUGUUCGGCUCUCGCUUCGUUUCCUCUUCGGCUUCCAGUUUUGAUCCCACCGGAUUCCGCCGUCGCGGUGGUUCCCCGGCUGUUCCUCGCUCCAAGAAUGAUGAAUCUCUUCAUGAGGCCCAUGGAUGCGUACGUUACACGCGAGACCAGCUGCUUGAACUACGGAAGGCUGUUAAAAUCCCGGACAGUGUUCUGAAAGCCAAACUAGUAGUUGAAUCUGAGCUAUUUGGCAAAGAUGCCGAUCAUGGCCGUGUGAAGAGCUAUUAUUCACAUGGCCAAUCCCAAAGUCAAUAUGCUGUGCCUGAUAAUCGCGACUGGGGGAACCAAUCUUUUAAGCAGGAAUUUAUUAGGAGAGAUCAUAUAAACUCACAGUCGGCAACAUCCCAUAUAUCUCCAAACCAAGUGGGAGGAGGACCAACUGCUGCUCUAAUAAAAGCGAAGGUACCAUGGUCUGCAAGAAGAGGCCAACUGUCUGAAAAGGAGCGUGUUUUGAAAACUGUUAAGGGCAUACUUAACAAGCUGACUCCAGAGAAGUUUGAUCUCCUUAAAGGCCAACUUAUAGAGGCCGGCAUAUCUAGUGCUGAUAUUUUGAAGGGUGUGAUUGGGUUGAUAUUUGACAAGGCUGUUUUGGAGCCAACAUUUUGCCCAAUGUAUGCCCAAUUGUGUGCUGACCUCAACGAGAAGCUACCGCCAUUCCCUUCUGAUGAACCUGGCGGGAAGGAAAUAACGUUCAAGCGAGUUCUCUUAAAUAACUGUCAGGAGGCCUUUGAAGGGUCUGACAAUCUGCCGGAAGAGGUCAAACAGUUGACCUCUCCCGAGCAGGAGUCAGGAAGUAAAGAUAAAGAAAGGUUGGCCAAACUGCGCACUCUUGGUAACAUCCGUCUUAUUGGGGAGCUUUUGAAGCAAAAUAUGGUUACAGAGAGGAUUGUUCAUCACAUUGUUAAGGAACUUUUAGGGUCAGAUAUGGAAAGCUGCCCAGAAGAGGAGAAUGUUGAAUCCAUCUGUCAGUUCUUCAAGACCAUUGGGAAACAGAUUGAUGAGAACAAAAGGUCAAAAUGCAUCAACAACACAUACUUCAACCGAAUGAAAGAACUGUCAACAAACCCAAACAUGGCUGCAUGGCUGAGAUUCAUGAUCCGUGAUGUUCUCGAAUUGCGUGCAAAUAACUGGGUCCCACGGCGCGAAGAGGUUAAAGCCAAAACCAUCACUGAGAUCCACUCAGAGGCAGAGAAGAACAUGGGGUUGCGUGCCGGUUCUACUGCAAGUCUAAGGAUUCCUCGUGGACCUAGCCCUGGAAUGAGUAAGAUGCCGGGUAUGCCUGGACUUGAUAUUGCACCAGCUGGACGAGCUCAACCGCCACUACUGAAUCUAAGUAAUCCUGCCCGGGGCAGUUGUAGCACCAUACAUGGAUAUGUCAUGGAGCAAGCAUCCCGAUUGAAUCCAAGGAGUCCUGACCGGGGCAGUUGUGGCAUCAUACAAGGAAAUGUCAUGGAGAAAGCAUCCCGGUUGAAUCUGAAUAGUCCUGACCGGGGCAGUUGUGGCAUCAGACAAGGAAGUAUGAUGGAGCAAGCAUCCCAAUUGAAUCCGAGUAAUUCUGCCCGGGGCAGUUGUGGCAUCAUACAAGGAAAUGUCAUGGAGAACGCAUCCCGAUUGAAUCCGAAUAGUCCUGACCGGGGCAGUUGUGGCAUCAUACAAGGAAAUAUGAUGGAGCAAGCAUCCCAGUUGAAUCCGAGUAAUUCUGCCCGGGGCAGUUGUGGCAUCAUACAAGGCAAUGGGCAUGUCAUGGAGCAAGCAUCACGAUUGAAUCCGAGUAGUCCUGACCGGGGCAGUUGUGGCAUCAUACAAGGAAAUAUCAUGGAGCAAGCAUCUCGAUUGAGUCCAAGUAAUUCUCCCCGGGCCAGAUGUGGCAUCAUACAAGGAAAUGCCAUGGAGCAAGCAUCCCAGUUGAAUCCGAGAAAUUCUGCCCGGGGCAGUUGUGGCAUCAUACAGGGGCAUGUCAUGGAGCAAGCAUACCAAUUUCCUGGCUCAAACCGACAUUCACAAUCUACGGCUGCUUCUGGAUUUGCAGAAACUGGAAAGCAUUGUUGCGAAUCCAAAGGGACUCUGAAUAGCACUGCAGAAACCUUCAACCCGGUAGAGCUCAAAAAGAAAACCGUUGCACUUUUGGAGGAAUACUUCAGCUUCGGGCUCUUGGAGGAAGCGUUGCGGCGUAUCGUAGAACUAAAUGCCACGUCACACUUUCCCGAGGUUGUGAAUGACGCAAUUGCCCUUGGCUUAGACAAGAGCCCGCCUUGCGUUGAGCACGUGUCAGAACUCCUCGAGGUCUUGCACGCUAUGAGGGUAUUUUCUUCCGAGGAUUUGAGGAAUGGGUGCAUGCAAUUUGCUGGCGUGUUGGAUGAUCUUGCCAUGGAUUUGCCAAAAGCGCCCGCCGGUUUCGGGGGUAUUAUUGGAAGGCUGGUUUUGUGUGGGGGAUUGGACUUUGGUGUGGUGAAAGAGAUGAUCAUGAAGAAGGUGAGGAAUGAGAUGUACAUGAAAGAUGUGUUUUCUGCUGCAAUGGCUGUGGUGAAGUCUUCUUCUCCACCAUCUGGCAAAGUGAUCAUAGAUUCACAGGCAAAUGAUAUUGGGACAUGUCAGAGUUUAUUCAGUUGAUCUUAUUUAAUUAUUUUUUUUUUUGUUAAAGUAGGUAGACAAUCUAUUUUUAUGGGAAUCAUUAGAGUCAUUUAUACAAAUCAUUUCUUUCAUAUAUGCAAGUAUGCAAUUGAUUUCGCAAGCUUUCGUAGAACUGAAAAUAUCCACAUAUGUUUUGGUUAAUUUUUUAAUGUUAAAUAGACAACUUUAUCCUAACAAAUUAGAUUAAGAGUA